UUGGGCCGCCUCGGCCUGGAACGCGACAGGUGGCGGUCCCGGGGGUGGAGGACGGUGGUGAAUGAGCAGGGUGGCGGGAAGGAGCAUCCCCUUUCAGGUGUCUUCCUGAUCCCAGGGGACCCGGCGCAGCUUGGCUUUCUAGAAUGUCGCCAAGGCCUCAAACACUGGCUCUCCGCAUUUUUUGUUUUUAAGGACAUCGGGGCCCCAAGCUCCGAACUUCCCACAGGUGUCUGGCUAUACUUGAUUCCUAUCUUUGAUUUUCUGCACAUUUGGGAGAACGAUUACCUCCUCUUUAUGACUUGGUUCUCGUUUCCCACUUAAAGUGGCAGUGACUGGUUCCCAUUUAAACUGCAUGUAUUUGUUGGGAAAAGGUCCAGUUAUCUUUUGACUGCCACAUAUGGACCCCAAAAGACCUCAGAAGGAAACUCUCCUCAUUACAGGAGGAAGUGGCUAUUUUGGUUUUCGCCUGGGCUGUGCCCUGAACCAAAAGGGAGUCCCUGUGAUUCUGUUUGACAUCAGCAGCCCUGCUCAAACCAUUCCAGAAGGAAUCAAGUUUAUACGAGGAGACAUCCGCCACCUGUCUGAUGUAGACAAAGCCUUCCAGGAUGCGGACGUCACUUGUGUGUUCCAUAUUGCCUCUUAUGGUAUGUCAGGGCGGGAGCAACUCAAUCGAAACCUGAUCGAAGAAGUCAACAUCAGGGGCACAGACAACAUCCUCCAGGCUUGCCAGAGGAGAAGGGUGCCCAGGUUAGUUUACACCAGCACUUUCAAUGUCAUCUUUGGAGGUCAAGUUAUUAGAAAUGGGGAUGAAUCUCUGCCCUACCUGCCUCUUCACCUCCACCCUGAUCACUACUCUCGGACAAAGUCAAUUGCAGAGCAGAAGGUGCUGGAGGCGAAUGGUACACCCCUGGACAGAGGUGACGGUGUCUUAAGAACCUGCGCUCUGAGGCCAGCUGGCAUCUAUGGGCCUGGAGAACAAAGACACCUUCCCAGAAUAGUCAGCUACAUCGAGAAGGGUCUGUUCAAGUUUGUCUACGGGGACCCCAGAAGCCUGGUUGAGUUUGUCCACGUGGAUAACUUGGUGCAGGCUCACAUUCUGGCCUCAGAAGCCCUGAGAGCUGACAAGGGCCAUAUUGCCUCUGGGCAGCCCUACUUCAUCUCAGAUGGCAGACCCGUGAACAACUUUGAGUUCUUCCGGCCUCUGGUUGAGGGCCUGGGCUACACAUUCCCAUCUACCCGCCUGCCAUUGACCUUGGUCUACUGCUUUGCUUUUCUAACAGAGAUGGUUCACUUUAUUUUGGGUCGACUUUACAACUUCCAGCCCUUCCUCACUCGCACUGAAGUUUACAAAACUGGUGUCACACAUUAUUUUAGCUUAGAGAAAGCCAAGAAAGAGCUAGGUUAUAAGGCUCAGCCAUUUGACCUCCAGGAAGCAGUGGAAUGGUUCAAAGCCCAUGGUCAUGGCAGAAGUUCUGGAAGUAGUGACUUGGAGUGUUUUGUUUGGGAUGGGCUAUUGGUCUUCCUCCUGAUUAUAGCAGUUCUCAUGUGGCUGCCUCCUUCUGUGAUUCUGUCUCUGUGAAGGAGGGGCCAGAAAUAAGGUGAUCACAGUUGGCUGAGAUGGUUCACAAGAAACAUGAGUUUUAAAAUGUGUGCAGUGAUAUCUGGUGCCAAACAUUGGCUCUUCAAAUUGCUACUUAAGAAUAGGUUCUUGGAUUGAAUCUUUAUGUCUUAUUUCCUUGCACUAAUCCAGAUGGGAAUGAAAAAAAAGAAGCAGAGAUUAGUUUGAAAUUUGAUUUGUUAUGUCCUUCUGUUUUAGGUGGGUACAAUAGAAGUCAGUUUGGAGCCAUGGAAGUAGGCUUAGUUGAGUUGGAGAUGCCCGUUUUGAAUUUCUUAGAAGGCAAGAUAUACUUAUUUCCAUUUUAUGCACUCUGCAUCUACCUAAAACCUCUGACUGAUGUGGGAAUGGCAUAACACUAUGAGGCUUGAAAGCGUAUGAAAAACACCAAAUUGGCCCAGAUCCCUAACAGAGCAAUCCUCGAGGGGAUGGUGGCUAUUGCUGGAGAGGCAUUAGCUAUUCACAGAGUACGUUUUAGGUGUUAACUUUUGCCCUUUGUGAUAUCAGGGCAUUAUGCUCGUGUGAACACAUGGUAAUGUUUGAUGUUGAGGCCUUUAUUCUACCUCAUAGGAUUCUUUUGAGGCUAAAAUUCAAGCAUACAAAGUGGUCCUCAAAACACGUAGCCAUUCUUUAUCAGAAUUGUCCUGGUACAUUCCUUAUGAGGGCUUUCUUCCUUAGUGUUCUCUUUAGAGGGCUAUUGCUACUGGACUUUCUGCAAUGUCUUUGGGUGUGCCCUCAAAGCCUGCAACAAGUGUAUUUGGAUAUACUCUAUUUGUAAAGUUUAGGCCUCUAAGAAGGCCAAAAGGAAGCAACUACAAAUGUGAUGAUUAAGGGAGUCAAUCAAGCUGAUGCCAUUUUUAGCUUAAAAAUAGAGCAGAGCUCUAAACUCAUAGACGGGUUUUCUUACUGGGAAGAAGUUUAGCUCUCUGAAGACAGCUUCCAGUGAGGAAUGUAUUGAACAAUGGCAGCACUGUCUGGCCACCCACAAAGUGUUACAGAUGAUCCAGUUACACUGCUGCAUAGGAACCCAAGUGGAAAGAAGACAGAGUCCAUGUCUGUCCAUGGCUCCAGCUACAGAAAGGAUAGGAUGGGAACAUUACAAGGGGGACACAUUACUGUGGAAAGUUCUGCUAGCGUUACUCUUGAGAGUAUCUAUAACAUACAAAUAGAUGAGCAAUCCCUGUUGAAUGCUGCCUGGAUAUUUUCAGAAAAGCUCUGAACUUGAUAUCAGAAUACCGACAUCAUGAAUAUCGUGUGUGGCCUUAACCAAGGAACAGAAGCCCUUUAGAACUUAGCUUCCUCACUUGGGAGCUGUGACUGACUGCAUUUGCCCUUUCUAUAAACCCACCCACCUCAUAGGGUUCACUGGAAGCAUAAAGCAAGAUGUGGUGAAAGUACUUUUAAUAUAAAUUGCAGCAUCAGUAUGAGGUGAUGGUAGUGAUCGUUUUCAGGAAAACGUGUUUGGAGGCUUUUCUGUCCUAAAGAAGCUUUUGCAUUAGCCUGGGGUUAACGCAUAUGAGCACCUGCCAUGUAUUGUUCUAGAACUGCUUGAAUAUCUUCAUCCCCAGAGCAGGUCAUUCCAGACAGCAGGGUGGAAGCUGCAUUGUCCUUUAUGACUUGGCCUCAAAUGUCACAGUGUCAUUCCACAGUAUAUUGGUUAUACAGGUCAAUCCUAUUCAGUAGGGGAAGGAAAUACACAAAGAUAUUUCCGUAUUAUACCGGCAGACGGAGAUGGUCAAAGGCGAUCUUGGAGGCUGAGCUCUUGGCCCCAUAUGAGUCAUCCUUCCUUUUCCAUGAAAGUUUGCCCGCAUUUCCAGCCACAUAGCUUUCUCUGCCUGCUUCCUGCCAGAAGGAUUUUAGGGGCCCAACGGCUGUGUUAACAUUUUGCACUAUAUCCCUUUCCAUUCAAGCUGGCAGUGGUACUAGGAACAUUAUUUUGAAUGUGUCACCUGAGUCUUACUGCAGUUCACUCACAAAAGCCACACCCACAAAUCUCUGAGCCACACCCACAAAUCUCUGUGAGCUUCUGCUCAGACUGCCAAGGGACAAUACGCUGUGCUUCGUAGAAGCCUUACUGUCUGAACAGCUCUCUGGGGUGCCACAUCAGGCCUUUCUGAGAUCUUAAAAAGAUUUUAUACUCACAGCCACAAGCAUGUACUGUCGUUUCCACAGUCUCGUGUGUUUACACAGGUUAGCCAUAUUCAGUGUGGGAGGAGACUACACAAGGACAUGAAUACCAGGAGGUGGUGUCAAUGGAGGCCAAAGUGGAAGCUGGCUACCACAUUCCUGCUUCCAUAUCUCCCCAAUUCUGUUACUGUCUCCCACCCCAGCUUGAAAUGGUAGAUUUUCUCAGUGCUCAUUCCUUGUCCCUGCUCUAAUACCAUACUUUCUCCCUAGGUGAGCUCACCUAAGCCCAUGGCCUCCAUUUCCAUCUCCUAACCCAAAUAUGUACUACUAGAUGUAUAGUUCCAGACCACUCCUGGGCUCCAGACUCAGUACUUCUGCAACUCCACGUGGAUGUCCCACAUGCACCUGUCAGCCAAUGUAGCCAAAGUGGAAUUCAUAAUCCUCUCCCACCCCAAAUUCUUACAGGACUCCCUUCCUUAGUAAAUAUCUCCAUUACCUGCUGAAUUUCCCAUCCCAGAGAUCUGGGAUAAUCCCUGACCCCUGCCUCUCCUAAACUUGACACACCUAGCCCAUGUUUAAGCCAGUUGAUUUUUACUUGUAAUCAUGCCUUAAAACUGCCCAUGGUAUAGGUGUACGUGCUCUCCCGUAGAUUCCAGUAGUAGCCCAUUUGCUCUUCCACCCAUAUCCAGACCCGCCUUCCUUCAGUCCGUUCUCCACAUGCCUAGCCCCGAGAGUCUAUAAAGGUGCAAAUCUUUUGUCACUUCUCUGCUGAAAACUUUCCUUAGGUUGAGAAUCUUUAACAUGACCAAGAGGCCUUGUCUGAACUGGCCCCUUCCCUAUCUCUGUAACUUCAUCUCACAUUAUUCUGCCUUCUCUGCCCCAGUAACACUGACCUUUUGUAGGUUCCUGGGCUCCAAGCUUCUCAGGCUCCCUGCUCCUCCUUUUGGCCUGAAUAAUGUUUAUUUUGUGUCUCUUGUUAAGUCUCCUUCUAGAGGCCUUCCCUGAUGCCAGCAAUUUAGGAUUGGUCCUCCUGCUACAAAUGAUGCUACAGGCCUCUCAUAGCUUCCUGCGUUUCUUAAUAGCAUUGCUCAUAACCGUAAACAUUUGUACGGUUAUUUGUUUAAUGCCUGUUAGCUCUGAGGGUGGGAACUUUGUCUUGCUUACUGCUAUACUCCUAAUGCCUGGCACAGUGCAGGAGUUCAAUGAGUAUUUGUCCAAUGAAUGCUGUUUUCCCAUCUGCUAUGGAUGAACACUCUUUUCUAGCACACAGAUAACUCACUGUUUCUAAUCUUUUGGAGACUGGGGAAAAUAGCCAACCUACACUAGAAUUGUGGUAACUAAGUCAAGAUUAGAUGAGGUCUAGUAAGUAAGGGAAGUCAUUGUCUAUAUGAUCUGAUGGGGUAUUAAAGCUAUAAGGUGGUCAGGGAAUGGAGGAGGAAUGUGGGCCAAGUGAUUUGUGCUCCCUCCACAUCUCAGCUGAAAACUCACCACUUUAAAAGACUUAGUCUGUUUCCUGAAAGGGAGCUCCCCUUCCCUUCUAUGGUCAGGAGACGCUGCAGUUAAGAAAUUCCAUUUAGUUCUAGGGUUCCCAGCUGCCCUCACCUUGCCUCAACCUCAGAUUGAAUCACUCAGCCCUGCCUAACACAAUAAAAUUAUGCUCACACUUGUGCACUUGGGGAUGCACUCAGAGGUCUGGGCAGAAGCCACCCAGCACUGCUACCUCACCCAUGGCUUCUGAGGAGUGUGUGGGUGGUUAUCCAUAUGGCUGAUGGAGGGUCGCAAUGAAGGAAGGAUGUGUGAGCAACAAGGAGCCCUGUAUUGGAACCUAAAGGUGAUGCUCAAACUGUUCCCACCUGCAAAAAGGAAGAGGGGUCUGGAAAGCCUGUUGGAAGUACUUGUUGGGUGUCCUCAGUGCUGUUUCUGGUGACAGGGGCAGACAGUGCCACAUUACGAGCAGUAGCAGUUAGUGGAGGGUCAAAUAACUCAUUCUGGCACCAAAUUACCUAUGCUAUGGUGUUUCUCAAGCCUAGGGAAUAGGCCUAGGGAUUCUUUUCAAGAAAAUGUUUUAUUUUCCUCACCCACCUAACAUGGUGUAUAAUAGAGGCAAGUGUUGCUUUGUCAUAGAUUGUUGGGGCUGCUUCUACCUUGUAUUGCUUUCCAAAUCUCCGGUUCACUCAGUCUUACAAAGACAGGGUAGAAGUUGCCUGCAGAAUGCCACGCCCCAGCUCUGACCCAAUUAGACAUCAUUAUAGGGCCACUGGUGCCCCUGCUGGCUGGCCUUGGAAGCCAGCACCAGCAAUGUUAUUAAAAUUUUCACCAGCAUCUCUUGCUUAGAGAUGGCAUACCAGGUUGUGUGCUGUUCACCAGCAUCUCUCACUUUAGAGAACGAUACCCCAUGCUCCUUUUUGAUGACAAAAAGUCCCUCCCAGCCCUUUCGUGGGGCUGACCUCCAUAUGCAGGCCUGACCACUCACAAGCCUUCCAUCCUUCGGCUACACUCAUUGGGCCACAAUGGGCCAGUCAGCGUCGUCCUUUCAACCUUUCUCCCAGAGCAGGUUUAGAGAAUCCCUUUCCGCUAGGAUUGCUUCUCUGGGGAGGACAGGCGCUUGGUGCUGCUCCUCUUCAGGGUCCUCUUACCUGAAGGAGAGGUCCGAGUGCUGAUGAUGUUUGGGCUGCUGGGUCCAGCCGUGUGUUAAGAAGAGCCAAAAAAUGGAGAGGGAGGAGGUCCUGGUGACUACACUGGGGUUCCAUAACGCUGCCUGCUAGACGCUCAUCCUAGAUCAUCCUCUCACGUGAGUCGCAGUUCGCUUUCUUUCCUGCUUAAGGUCCUUUAAGUUCGAUUUUUCUCCAGGAAUCACAGCAUGUCCUGGUGUGCCAUGUCCAGAAUCCACUCCUGGGUACAGGUGAUCCUACCCCGUGGUUUCCAAAGGCAGCCUCUCCACUCACCUCUGUGCCCUCUUUCUUUCAAACGGGGGUCGUCUUUUGGUCCCUGGGUAAUUUAACAUUUGCUGGAGUUUUUCUUACAAAAUGAGAUUGAUUUCCUUUUCUAGAAUCAUGUUUAUUUGAAUUAUGUUUAUUCAAAUCAUGUAUAUUUGGACCCAACAUACCUUUAAGCAGUGUAAUUCAAACUCUUGUUUUAUAUGAAAAUUGUUUGAUGAAGUGAUUUGCUCCCCAGAACAUAAACACCCCAUGAGAGCA